AGGAAAUAGGGUGAUUAAAGCUAAAGUCUUUUAGCUGACAAAUUAGGUAAUCGCUUAAAUGAUCUGCAAGUGAAGUUGCAAAUCCGCAGACACGGAAGCUAGAUGGACAUGGCGCUGUACAGCAGGAGAACAUUGCUCGUGUUUUAUACAAUUCUAGCGAUUCUGCUUCUCAGUUUGUGCAUAGAAGGAAGAAUUUCAUACAGGAAAUAUGAGGAGCAGCAAGUGGAUACUUCGAAAUACCACAACCACGCUGAGUUAACGAGAUUGAUGCAUCAAUAUGCUACGGACUAUCCGGCAAUAACAAAACUGCUCAAUGUCGGCACCAGCGUGGAAGGUCGCGAACUGUGGGCCUUGCAGAUCACCGACCGGCCCGAGGAGGUGGAACGGGGGGAGCCCUGGUUCAAGUAUGUCGGUAACAUGCAUGGAAACGAAGCUGUCGGGAGGGAGAUUUUGAUAUUCUUAAUUCAGUAUCUGUGUCAAAAUUAUGAAGUGGACGAUCGAAUCACAAACCUCAUUGACAGCACAAACAUAUUCAUAAUGCCGAGUAUGAACCCGGAUGGCUUUGAAAGUGCAACUGAAGGCGAUUGCACGUCAGUAACAGGAGGUCGGGAGAAUGCAAAUCGUGUGGAUCUGAACAGGAAUUUUCCAGACCAGUUUCGGUCAAGGGAUCCCGUCUUGGAACCAGAGACACUGGCCCUGAUAAACUGGAUUGAGAGAAGCCCCUUUGUGUUGUCGGCAAACCUCCAUGGUGGUAGUGUGGUCGCAAGUUACCCUUUUGAUGACUCUGCAAAGCACCACAGUAAUGUUUACAGUGCAGCACCAGAUGACGAUGUCUUUAAAAUGCUUGCCAGGGCCUAUGCCAACAACCAUUUGACGAUGGCUCGCAAACGUCCUCAGUGCUACACAGGAGAAAACUUUCCUGGGGGAAUAACAAAUGGAGCUCACUGGUAUGAUGUUCCUGGGGGCAUGCAAGACUACAACUACCUGCACAGCAACUGCUUCGAGAUCACCAUUGAGCUGUCCUGUUGUAAAUAUCCCAAGGCCAGCCAGCUGACCCAGGAAUGGGACAACAACAGGGAAGCCCUUCUGGCCUACAUGGAAAUGGUCCACCGUGGGGUUAAAGGCUUCGUGUACGAUGCGUUGCGGAAUACUGGUAUCCCUGGUGCCCGCAUUGCGGUGGAGGGCAUCGCUCACAACGUCACCACCGCCCAGUUUGGUGACUUCUGGCGUCUGCUAACACCCGGGACAUACGUCAUCUCAGCUGAGGCUGAUGGGUACCGGCCAGGCGAUGCCCAGACGGUGGUGGUGACAGACGGAGACCCAAAAGAGAUUGAAAUCUUCCUGGUUCCCAAAGGCAGUCCAGAUAUGCUGGACCUGAAGACCAAACAAACCGAGGAUGUGGAGGGAGAGAUCAAAGAGGAGGAAGCAGAAGAGGAAAUUAUUGAGCCGACACUCUUCAAGCAUUACCACUACGAGGAAAUGAAGACUUUCCUGCAAGCCUACGCCAACCAGUAUCCACACAUCACCAGCCUGUACUCUGUAGGGACCUCAGUGCAGGGAAGGACACUGUACGUACUGGAGAUCACAGAUAACCCAGGAGUUCAUGAGCCUGGCGAACCGGAGUUCAAGUACGUCGCAAAUAUCCAUGGCAACGAGGUCGUUGGCCGGGCCUUGGUGCUGAACCUGAUCCAGUUCCUCUGUGAGAACUACGGCCGGUCGGCGGAGAUCACAGCCCUGGUAGAUAACACACGUAUCCACCUCAUGCCCGCCAUCAACCCGGAUGGGUUUGAGAAAGCACAUGAAGGAGAUGUACAGGGCACCGAUGGCCGCAAUAAUGCUCACAAUGUGGAUCUGAACCGCAACUUCCCCGACCAGUAUGGGCCAAGCGAGGGCCGGCCACAGCCCGAGACAUUGGCCAUGAUGCAGUGGAUCCAGUCCUACCCAUUUGUUCUGUCGGCCAGCCUCCACGGCGGGUCCCUGGUGGCCAACUACCCAUGGGACGAUAACAAGCCAGGAACUGCGGGUUACAGUAAAUGCCCGGACGACGAUGUCUUCAUUCAGAUCACCGAGGCUUAUUCAAUGGCUCACACCACCAUGCAUCUUGGUCAUCCGUGUCCGAAACUCUACCCCCAUGAAAACUUCAAAGAGGGCAUCACAAACGGAGCUGCUUGGUACAGUGUAUCAGGUGGGAUGCAAGACUGGAACUACCUUCACAGUAACUGCUUUGAGAUCACCCUAGAGUUGGGCUGUGUCAAGUACCCAUGGGCCAAGGACCUGAAAAGCUAUUGGGAUGCCAACAAAGUUGCCAUGUUGGCUCUUAUAGAGCAGGUCCAGAAAGGAGUGAAAGGCUUCGUGGUGACCAAGCAGGGCAAAGGCAUCGACAACGCCACCAUCAGCGUGGCGGGGAUCGAUCACAGCUUGGUCACCGCCGUGGACGGUGAUUACUGGCGGCUGCUCGUACCCGGAACAUAUGAGAUUACUGCUGCUGCUGAUGGAUUUGUUCCGCAGACUCAGACUGUUAUCGUCCCUGAAGACUGGGCGGCAAUGCUCAAUUUCACCCUGGGGCGCAGCAGGGGACAGCCGCCCAAGGAGAAGCCAGUCAACACCGUCCUAUCCGACCAAGACUGGGCCAAGACGUUCGACUUUGGCCUGCCACAAAACUUUGCCGGCUACCUCUCUAACCUGGAUUUGGCGGCUAAGCUGGAGGAGCUGGAGACCAAGUACCGAGCCUCCGGGGUUCUGAGGUUACUGCCCCUGGGGACCACCGCAGCCGGCCAGGAUGUGACCGGGGCAAUACUGACUGCCCCCAGCGCCCAAGGCGACAUAAGCGACCGGCCGCGGGUGGCUCUGAUCGGGGGAUUGAGAGGGGACGAGCCAGCCGGGCGGGAGAUUCUAUGGAGGCUGAUCCAGCAUUUGGCAGAAGGCUAUGAGAAAGGCGACACAGGUGUCAGCGAGAUCCUCAACCGCACCUCCAUCGUUGUGGUGCCAUCCAUCGACCUGGAUGGCUUUAACAAGUCCCAGCAAGGCGACUGCCAAGGAGAACACUUCACUGGCGAGUCUUUUGACCACAGGAUUGCUCCCGAUGGGACCUUGCUUUCCAACAGACCUGAGUUGGCUCUAGUGAAGAACCUGUUAACAGCCACACAUUACACAUUGGUGCUCAGCAUCGAGGCUGGUGGUAUGUGGGUCAGAUAUCCUCUUGACACCACCGCUGCCAAUAAUAAACUCACCCAGGGAGCGGUCACAGAAGACGACGACCUGCUGUCUUACCUGGCCACGACCUACGCCCUGGACCAUCCCACUCUGCACACGGAGGUGCUCUGCCACGGCCGCCGGUGCCACGCAGGGAUUGUCCGGGGGUCGGACUGGAUGUCCAAACCGGACACCCUACAGGAUUACAUGUACCUGAAUCAAGGAACUUAUAUGAUUACCAGCCAUGUGUCCUGUUGCAAGUUCCCUCCGCACACAGCAUUGAAGUCACUUUGGAGAGAGAAUCUCGAGCCUUUGAUGGGGUUCAUACGUCAGGCACACCAAGGGAUUCGAGGUGCAGUGCAGGACAGCGAGGGCUUACCCUUGCUCAAUGCAACCGUCACGCUGGUCGGCCACGUUCGCAACAUCACCCUCUCUGGUCCGUCUGCAUGCUUCCAUCGCCUGCUGCCACCCGGUGAUCAUGUGAUUAUAGCCCAGGCACCGGGAUUAACGCCGAUCAUGAAGCACGUCACCGUCGAGAAGAACCAGAUGCAGAAGGUCAUCUUCAAACUCCAGAAGCCUGUCAGACUGGCGUAUCACAACUAUGAAACAAUGGAGAAAUACCUACGCCACCUGGCUACCAAUUAUCCCGAUAUUACCAACCUGAAAAGCAUUGGCAGGUCAGCCGCCUCCCACCAGCUCUGGACCCUGGAAAUCGGGAAACACCCAGGCCAUCACUCCCCGGGCAAGCCGGAGGUCAAAUUCGUGGCUGGCAUCCACGGUAACGAGCCAACAGGGAGGGAACUCCUGCUUGGGCUGGCUGAUCAUCUGCUGCGUAACUAUGGCAAUGAUGAUGUCAUCACUAAGCUGGUUGACAGAACACACAUCCAUCUGCUUCCCAACAUGAACCCUGAUGAGAGCGAGAAUGCUUGGGACACACAGGGAACAUGCACAGGAAAUGUUGGACCGGCAAAGUCAGACCGCAUUGACUUGGACAAAGACUUCCCAAGUUUAGCAGUAAACAGGAGUGAAGCGGACGUUCGGCCUGAAACCAGAAAUGUGAUUGACUGGCUGCACAGCAGACCGUUCACCUUGUCUGUGGCCCUGUAUGGCGGCACAUCGGUAGUCAGAUACCCUUACACAAGCAAUCGCCACCCAGCAUAUGCAUCAAGAAAUCUGCCCAAUCCGACCCCAGACGAUGAUGUCUUCGUCCACCUCGCAAAAACAUAUGCCAAUCUGCACCCCACAAUGCAUUUGGGUGCUCCGUGCCCAAAUGAUACAAUCACUGGAUUCCAGGACGGCAUUGUGAAUGGAGCUGCUUGGGAAAACUAUGAUGGUAGCAUGCAGGAUUACAAUUACGACUUCAUAAAGUGCAUGGAGAUAGCUGUGGCCACCGGCUGCUGUAGGUACCCAGCACAGGCAGAGCUGGAACGCAUGUGGGACGACCACCGCCAACCACUGAUGGAGAUGAUCCAGCAGGCCCACCGUGGCAUCAGAGGUUUUGUCCGCGACAUCAGAGGCCAGCCUGUGGUGGGGGCCAAAAUCGCUGUGGAGGGUCGAAACCACCACACGGUCUCGUCUUCCGCGGGAGACUUCCACCUGCUGCUGCUACCAGGGAAGUACACGCUGAUAGUGGAAGCGGACGGGUCGGGAACCCAGACCCGGGAGUGCACGGUGGACAGAGACGAGCGGGAGGCGGUGCUGGUUGACUUCGAAAUGGAGAGGACGAAAGAGAUACUGGGCCUUCCACCGAUGGUAUUCAUUCUCAUUGCAGUAGUAAGCUUGAUGCUAGUUAUUGUCACUGUUCUCUGUCUCGUCUACGUCUGUCGCCCGUCAAAAAGCAGCCGUCGGAAGCAGGGCUUCUACCGCCUGGACGGGGAGAAGAUGUACCAGGAAGAGUACGAGGAUCGCAUUGCACUGAGUCGGUUCAACUCCACCUCCCAGCGGCCCCUCCUCAACAAUGUGGAGUACCACGACUUUCUGGAUUCAGCCAGUGAAGACGAAACCAUGUUUACGCGAAACAGUUCACACUGACGACUUUGUUUUUCGUUCGUAGUUGUCAGUUGCAUCGGCGUCUCUUAUAUUCUGGCCAUUGUGUUGCCGUUGGAUUGUGAAUGACUAGAAUGAACAGCACUUGACAUGACAUCUUCACAGUACUUCUUAAUUUCUGUGUGUGAUGCCUCUGGAUGGCCAUGCAACUCUACAGUUCAUUAACUUUUGUUGAAAUAAGUCGGGUACCCCCUUUACAAUAGUUGUUGAAAAGAGCAAACGCCCAUAUAGAUGUACGGGUCCUGCCUGGGUUAUACAUGUGCGUGUAAGUCAGUGUUGUAGUCAAGACCAGUCAUAAGACCGGUCACAACUAAGAUGGCGAACAAUAACUUACAAUAAAGGAAUGCUUUUGUUACAGUUCAGGUGAACAGCUUGUGACUUCAAUUCAGACUUGAGGCCCUGUGUUGUGUCGUGUAAUGUCUUGUGGUGGUCUUAAGGGUCUUUGGCUACAACAGUGUUAUUCUUUAAAGGUACAGUCCGACAUCUGCCGUUUGUGCACUGUGUUCGUUUGGGGCAACAAAAGAGCUAAAAUCUAAAGAAGAGUGCUUUACAUAUGAGAGAAAUAUGAGAAAAAGAAGGCAUGCCUCAUUGCAAUCUCCAGCAACAGGCGUGUUGUAGGCAAACCUUAAAUUUAGCUUUCUGAAGUCGUCAUAUUUACAUACUGUAUUGAAAAUCUACUUCAACCUUGCGUGUAAAUCAUAAUGUCUCUUUCCAUUCCAGAGAAAGGUUUGUAAGACAGAAAUGUGUAUUAGAAUCAAAUUUAUAAAAAACACUUUUUUUUACUUGCUGGUAUCUAAAAUUGAGCAUAUCAAAUUUGGUCAAAUUUCUGGCACGAAAGUUAUUGCGCAGAUCCAUUUCACACGUGCACCUGAGGUGUCAAAGUGGGGUGUAACGGCGAGAAUUGAAAGUUCAUAUACAUGUACCACUGCGGAAGUCCAUUGAGCUAAAUUAUACGCCAAAGGAGUAACCUUUGGUCUUUAUUUUCUUGAUCUGAAUUUUCUGUACGUGUAUUUGUAGCAACAUUUAGUACUGCAGUUUAGUUUGUUAGUGUCUUUUGCACGGCCUUCAGUUUUGUAUAUACACUUUUGGCUCUUUGUUUUUUCACUGCCUCAACACUUUUGCACAGAUGUUCAGGAACACAGGGUAGGUGUUUCAAUUUUGACCAACAGCUGCAUGCACAGACGAAAGUUGUUGUUUUUCAGUUUUAUAAAUGUUGGUCCGGCAGCAUGCAUCUCCUGUGAAUCACUACAUCUUCCUUUGUUACUCCUUUGCCUGCCUUUUCUCUUCUGUCCGGAAGUUGCUUGUUGUUACGUACAUGAUACGCACAUAUUAAUCAGUGUUCGUAGGUUUUCUUGUUGUCAGUUCUAUAUUUUUAUGUUCUUACCAACUCGGUACAUUAUUUUUGUAUUUUGUUUCACCUUUUUAUGUUAAUUCAUAUUAGGUGGAAGUUGGUGAGGAAGUGGGUGAUUGAAAGGGAUAUGAUCGAGUUUUGUCGGUGAAUAAGAGAAUCAGUGCAUCAAUUUUACCUUUUCUGAAAGUUCAAUAGCAUUCGUGCAUUUUAUUUUUAAGUUUGUCACCAUUUAUCACUAGCCAUAUAAAAAAUUGUAUGCUAAUCAAAUAAAAGGAAACAAAAGUUGAUAUUGAAUUAUAUUUAUAUUCUGUAAAUAUAUAUUUAUCCUAUGAGGUACACACAUUCACAGAAGUUACCAUGCGCUCUUUUAAGACACUGCUGAAGCUAAGAGUCACAAGAAUGAUGGGGUAAACUUGGAUUUAUUCUUUAAUUCUUGCACUCUGGAAAUGUUUAUGUGUGUGAUUGUUAGCGUGUUUCUACGUUGUUUUUCUAGAUCCUUCAAAAGGUUUGGCAGUUGGGGUGGGGUUGGGGCUGAUAAGUUUGACAGGUAGCAUUGGGCGAGUUACAUGUACAUGGAGUUAAACUAUUAACUGAUUAACUCACUCUAGUCGACAGUGGUUGGACUAGUCUAGUCGACCAUUCACCACCAGCCUGUCGAGGUUGAUCACAUCAUUGUUUGCCAUAAACCAUUUUUAAUAGCACAGUGCAGAGAGGACCAGUUGUCACAAAAAUGCAGGACAAACAGUAUGUUACCAGUUAACGACCAUUUUCACUUUUAUUCUUGCUAUUUUGCCCUUCCUGCGCCCACCUGUUCUCCCCUUCAGCCUAAUGAUCUGACAACGGUUGACUGGGGUCCUUUGCAGUUCAACUUCACGGCACAUGCAUUGGUUAACCUGUGGUCCUUGAUGGAACUUGCCCAUGACCACUUGGUAUGGAACCCUACUUACCAACGUCAGUGCUCUGUAUUUGAAACAGGUUCCCACAGUGUUUGGAAAGAUAAGAAAACCUCACAUUUGAACUGUUUCAGAUAAAAUUGCAUUUUUCUGUAUUGUACUGCUACAGAAAUGACUAGAAGUCGUUUGUCUGCAUUAAAAUGAAAUGUCUUGAAAAAAUUAUAAUUGUUAGAAAAUGUACUUUUGCUGCAUUGCAUCAUUUUAUUUAUUCUUUUUUUGGUUUAUGCCCUUUAAUCUUUGGCUGGGCAAAACUCAUUACAUGUACAUAAAAGCAUUUUCGAAAUGAGUGGAUUCGGCUGGACUUUGGUUUCACAGGUUCUGGCCAUUUUGAAGCAGCGUUCAGAAUCACAUGUUCAAGCUCAGACUGGAACCAGUAAAACCAAAAUCUAAGCCGAAUCCACUUGUUUUGAAAAUGCUCUUAGGCUACAGGAUGAUACCAACGAAAAGAUGCUCUUUCGAAUAUGUUUCAGCAUUAUGAACAUCGUGAAUAAAGGCUCAUGGAUCAAAGUAA